UGAUGAAAUUACCAAGGGAAGAGAGAAAGCACUAGAGACGUCCGAUACGAUCAUGCAGGAACAAUGGUACAGAGAAUGAAACCGUCUUGUGAUGCCUGCCCUCUCUUAGCCAGAUAGAAAGUGUACCUCUAUCGCCACCAAUCAAGAAGCCUAGGUGAGGAAUUGCUGGAAAUAAACUAUGUCGUUUUUAUUGUAUUGAUGCAAUAAUAAAUACAGGUCCCUCGCCGAUGAUAGCGAACCAUGAGUAAAGCGGUCUUCAUCCGCGACUGGUAGAGCAUUUUCACGUCCAGAGCAGCUUGUAACGCGUGGGCGGCGACAUGUACGACGACGAGAACAGCAAUAUGGUGGUAAACGGUCAAAACGUAAAACGCGAGAUAAAAAGUUGUGCAUGUUUGGAACGAAAGGAAAAACCCAGUGUUCUGGUCUUCACUAUUAUGCCCGCCCAACCGGCUCCUUCUCAGGUUCCGGCUGACGUACCACAGAUGGCGCCGACUGACUGGGCACCACCCGAGAAGAAUGGUCGACGACGCAUCGUCAGACAACACCAAUGGGAGACGUACAACAACUUUGUUGAUGCUUGCUGUCACAGCGAACCCUUAUUCUGGUCCACGAUUCGUGACUUGACAGAUCCUAAGCCAACAAAGCCCGACGUGUCCCUCCAGGACCUUGCUGCUGAGUUUGAGAAGCAUGCGCACAUUCCUGAUGUUCUUCCACUGGAAUUGGAUGCAGUCGCUCUUGAACUGGCCGCCUUGGAAUGUAGCGUCAUCCCCUCUGUCACCAUUGACCGGACUCCCAAGCGUUCUUUUUCCCAACAUUUUAUUCUUGUGGAAGUUCGCAAAGUUUUCACGUUGCUUCGGGAUGAACCUUUCCGUGAAUGGAUGGAGGAUGAGGGCAUCCUCCCCGAUUCACAAAACGGAUUCCGACGCAGAUUCCAUGGUCUGAACAACCCAUUCAUACUGCGAUGCGCCAUAGAAACUGCUUUGGGUGCCGGAAAACCCUUGUAUGUUGUCCUUCCAGACCAUACCAACGCUUUCCCUUCCACCGAUCACUCUUCUUUAUGGGUCAUGAUGUAUAAACACGGUGCUGCUGAUCCUCUUUUCGACUGGCUCUGUACCAUGUACCCUGGGAUGAGGUACUGUGUAAAGAUGGGUAAUACACUCUCUACCCCGUUCAGAUCUGACAUCGGCAUUCUCGCUGGUGAUGGGACCCUCAAGCAUUUGGGAUUUCGUUGGGUCCGACUUCUGCCCUCGCCCCCACCCAGAUGACAUUUAUUGGUGACAGUUUAUGAUACAUUGGGCUUUGAUAGUACUCUGCAUCAGUAAGGAUUCCCCCGGUUGGCACGCAUAGAAACAAGAUGUAAAUAUUUAUUUGCAUAGCAUCUAAAAUUAUGAUCAGUCUACAGCGGUAGGCGACUGAUAAAGCAGCUU